AGAGCACUUUAAGUCGGACGCAGACGUCACCAACGUAAAGCCGACCAAGCGAGCCCAUGCAAUCAUCCACCACUGGUGGAUCACUGGAGCGUGUGACCUUGAUUUUUAUAUGUUCGUUGCUUAGCACCUGCACACCACCAAACAUUCGUGUUGCUACCAACACAAGUUGUGUUUCCAUCGACACGACAUUUGGUGCUUGGGGGAGAGUAUAUAAUUCUAAAGGUCCUUCAUAAGAGCUAUCGCAAUUUGGAGGAAAGCCACUCUAGAAAAAAAAACGUUCUAAGUUCUGCAUACACUUCCAAGACCUCGGCGACCCCCAAAGAUUCUGUCCAACCUCUACAUUUUCAUCUUGAAAGUGCGUGAAUGAACCGGUGGGCGGUGGUGGCCGCCCAUAAUCCAGCAUUGCGGCGGCAAGCGGACGUCGCCGGAUCGCCGCGGCUGCGCAUCAACCCCACCGCGGGGGCGUCGAGGAGAACGAGGGGGAGGAGCGAUGUUGGCGAUGUUCCUCCGCCUGUUCCCGCUGCUGGCGUCGCUUCUUGUCGUCGCGCUGGCAGAAUCCGGCGGGUCACGCACCCCGGAGCCGCCGGGGUCGUGCGUCGCCGGGAUUCCGGGAAUCCCAGGGCACCACGGCGCUCCCGGCAGGGACGGCCGGGAUGGAGAGAAAGGGAUAACUGGAUCAAAAGGCGAGCCCGGAGUUCAUGGAAGCAAAGGAGAAGCUGGCGAACGAGGUGCCCCGGGUAAACUGGGUCCCAGCGGCGGAGCGGGCCCCAUCGGUCCUCCGGGACCGCGCGGAUCGAAGGGCGACGAGGGAGGGAGCCCCGCGGUCCCCAAGUCGGCCUUCACGGCCAAGAUCUCCUCCUCCAAUCCCCCCGCAGGCUCGCCCAUCAAGUUCGACGUCGUCAUCAGCAACGAUCAGGGCCACUACGAUCCCCUGAGCGGGAAGUUCACCUGCGUUCACCCGGGCCUCUACUACUUCGUGAUGCACGCCCACGUCUAUAAACACGAUCUGUGCGUGGCGCUCAUCAAGGAUGGCAACAGAGUCGUUUCCUUUUGCAGUAACAACAUAGAGAACAAAUAUGCCAAUGCUAUUAGUGGGGGGUCGGUGCUCAGCCUUAAGGCGGGUGACAAGGUCUGGCUUCAGGUGGCCGAUGCUUACAAUGGAAUGUUCUCUCAAGCCGGCUAUCGCGACAGCUCGUUCACUGGAUUCCUUUUGUUCUCCGAUUAAAAUGAAGAGCAUCAACCUCUGCCACAUCAGAGCAGGAUACAUAAAAGCACCGGGUGGUUUUAUUUAAACAUAUCUAUAUUUCACCUGUUAGACUAACAAAAAAUCCCACUUCAUGUAGAGGAACAAAUUUGAUGACGCUUUAGUGUUGAUGAGCGUGCGAAGGCUCUUUUGUAACGUGCUGGCGGUAUAUUUUUUUUGGGGGGGGGGGGGGGUUUGCACACGCGUGUUGUGGCCUUUUUCUUUUCACCAAGUGCACGGACGUGGAGACACGUUGGGAUCGGAGGAGAAAAUGCCGAUCGAAUUUUAUUGACUCAAAAUUUAUUUUUAAGAAAGUAUAUAUUUUUAAGUGGGCUUGGGGCCAGAACACACGUCGCGAGAGAGGACGCCGAACCCAACGGUCGAAACUAAGGAUGGAGUGGUAACCAAAGAGAUAACACGCCCGAGAUGACAUAAUAUUUGAUAUUCUUGGUUCUUUCGGGAAAAUUCACAUAGAAGGGAAACAAAAUAAUAAAGAUAUAAAACAAUAAAAUUCUCACGACGUUUCGACUGCAACACAAGCAAUCAUCAUCAGGUGUG